UUCAGGAAAAAAAAGAGAGGCUAGCAAUCAAAACUCUUCCUUCUUCUCCAUUAUUGUUUUCUUGUUUCAAGGACAUAACAACUGCCUUUGAUCAUCCUCUCUUACAAUGACGUCUUCUAUCACUCCGUCAAUUCACUCUUCUCGUUUAUCUUCACGUUGCUUACCAUCGCCCACUACUACUACUAAAUUCUCACCUUCACAGUUUUCACUCAGAACUCGAUCGUCACAACAAUUCGCCGUCAAUUCCACCAAAUUAUUCUCGUUUUCUCCGUUACCGGAGAUUCCGAGAAGCUCUGGUUCAGCGCUUCCAUUCUCUGCCAAACCAUCAGUAAUCGCCGGUUGGACUCAACCUUUCAGACGACGUCGUUGGUUAGUUAAAGCUGCUGCUGCAGAUGCCGAGGGACACGUGGAGCCUUCUGCUGCUGCUGCCAAAAGCCUCGGUGAGAGAUUUCCUGCUCUGGUUACAGGUUUCUUCUUCUUUACGUGGUAUUUCUUAAAUGUCAUUUUCAACAUUCUCAACAAGAAGGUCUAUAAUUAUUUCCCAUAUCCAUAUUUUGUUUCGGUUAUACAUCUCCUAGUUGGAGUAGUAUACUGUCUUAUUUCUUGGGGUGUUGGCCUACCAAAACGAGCACCAAUUGAUAAGGACCUCCUGGUGCUAUUGACUCCAGUUGCAUUCUGUCAUGCACUCGGACAUGUUAUGUCUAAUGUGUCAUUUGCAGCUGUUGCUGUUUCUUUCACACACACCAUCAAAGCUCUGGAGCCAUUCUUCAGUGCUGCUGCUUCUCAGUUUGUGCUAGGCCACCAGAUUCCCUUGUCCUUAUGGCUGUCUUUGGCCCCAGUUGUAAUUGGUGUAUCAAUGGCAUCAUUGACUGAACUGUCAUUCAACUGGACUGGGUUCAAUAGUGCAAUGAUUUCAAACAUUGCAUUUACCUACAGAAGCAUAUAUUCAAAAAAAGCAAUGACCGACAUGGACAGCACAAAUGUGUAUGCUUACAUUUCAAUAAUAGCCCUCUUGUUUUGCAUACCACCAGCAGUAUUGAUUGAGGGUCCAAAACUGAUGCAAUAUGGUUUCAGAGAUGCAAUCGCCAAAGUGGGAUUAUUAAAAUUCGUGUCUGAUUUGUUUUGGAUUGGAAUGUUUUACCAUCUGUAUAAUCAGGUUGCCACCAACACUCUGGAACGAGUUGCACCACUUACUCAUGCAGUUGGAAAUGUGUUGAAAAGAGUUUUUGUCAUUGGAUUCUCCAUAGUGAUGUUUGGCAAUAGAAUCUCCACUCAAACUGGGAUCGGAACUGCAAUAGCCAUAGCAGGUGUAGCCAUUUACUCCCUCGUAAAGGCAAACAUGGAAGAGCAAAAAAAGAAGGCUUCUGUAGCUCCUGCAUCGUAAAGAAAUGCAGUUUGAGUUUACCGGCCAUUUUGGGAAGAUUAGUGGAAUUUUCUGAAGCAACUGUAGAUGAUCAAAUUUUAAGGAGAAUAAAGUAUUGGCUGGAGGAUUUUGAAGCUCCUGGAAAUUGUUGAAAGAAUAAAAUCCAACUUUCUAUUGAUUGUCAUUUCAUUAUUCAGAACUGCAGUACAAACUGUAAAAAUAAUAAGACCAACUUACUGGACUUUUUAUGAGAAGCGUAAAGUACUGCUGAUUAUAUAUUUUUCUGCAA